CUCCCAGUCUGCCGAGACCCUGCGUGGGUUUGUCUCACAAGUUCACUGCGGCGGAGCAGCGGCGCGACGUGAAGACAAAGACGAUUCUUAUCAAGCUGAAAGAGGAGCGGCAUGGACGUCAUCAGGGUGGUGCUUCUAACCUGGACACUGCUGUGGGUGGACCUUUGCAUGACCCAGAAGGACUGCACGGGCGUGGAGUGUCCCGUCCUGCACAACUGCAUCGAGUCUGUUCUAGAGAACGGCGCCUGCUGUCCGUCCUGCACUCAGAAAGGAUGUACCUGCGAAGGCUACCAGUACUACGACUGCGUCCAAGCAGGUUUUCGAAAGGGGAAAGUCCUUGAAGGGGAAUCUUACUUUGUGGAUUUCGGAAGCACAAAGUGCUCCUGUCCUCGGGGAGGGGGGAAGAUAAGCUGUCAGUUUAUCAUAACCUGCCCUGAAAUUUCUCCCAACUGCAUUGAGAUUCUCCAUCCUGCUGAUGGAUGUCAACAAUGUGGGCGAAUUGGUUGCUCUCACGGCGACAAGAAGUACGAGGCAGGUCACUCUUUUCAGCUCGAUCGCUGCCAGGUUUGCCAUUGCCCAAACGAAGGGGGGAGACUGAUGUGUUCGCCCAUUCCUGGGUGUAAUAAGCAGAAGUGGACCACUACUACAGAGAACAACAACCCGUUGAGAGUCAUCAGCAGUCGUCAUGAGAGCCGCCAAACACAUCCAGAGCAGUUUUCCAAGCUGGCACAGAGAAACACUCUACCACUAUAUAAGACUGACCCUCCCAGUUUUGGCACAGAAGACUAUGACAACACACAAGCAGAGCCGACGGCUUCCACAAUCCAAAAAUUGGCCCUGCUGCUGGAAUCUACUACAGCCCACACAGAGUCAAGCUCGACUGGACAAGAUGACAGAAGAGGAUCACAAAGAAGCUCUACAUCUGAGGGAGUCAGCCCGGGUGAAGUUAAACACACCAUGGAUGACACCGCGACCAUCACGAGCCGCAGGCCGACACAGGGAACCGUGGACGGCAGUGUGAGACACAGCAGACACAGAGCCACGCUUGACGGUGUGAAAGACACAACAAGAAACAAGAGCCGCAAACACAAUGGGCAUCACAGACAUAAUCAUGCCAUCAGGAGUCAGGACCUGGCUCACCACAGCCAGCAAACGGAAGACAGCCAGUCUGAAAAAGCUGUCGCUUCAUACCCCACAAUCCAGUUCAGCCCCACCAGCCGAGCUCCAGUCAGGCUGAUGGAAGAAGAGGAGCAGCCCAGGAGACUAGCGCAAACCCUCCACAGCUACCAGACCCAAGAGGUAGAUCCUGAAGUGUCUGCCAAGGAGCUGGUGGAGACCUGCUGCGAGACGGGCCAGAAAUGGGCUUCGGCAAAUGGUCACUGCGACAACAUGGCGCCACCCACUCACGACAGACACUCCAUCUGCUGGAUGGCUCAACAACAGUGUUGCCUCGGCUCCCAGAGAGAAAGUCAGUGUUCGGCUGGAAUCGCAGCGGCCCAAGGGGGGAAGACAUGCGAGGACAACGACAAAUGUGGAAUCAAUUCCUAUAAGGAGUGCUGCUCCUGCUGCUCUCUGGGGCUGAGGUUUCGCGACGAGGGGCUUCAAUGUAAAGCCCAUCAAGAUCUGAGCUUCCAGUGCCAGCACAUUUUCGUCGGCUGCUGCGAGGGAGAGGAGGUGUCGAAAAAAGACCCCUGGCAGAGAAUCAGAGAGAGACCUGCCCUGUGCUCCAUGCCGCCGCCAAGGAAAGUUUCUGAUGACCUCUACCCAAAAGAGGCUUUUUCCAUUGGUGGAGAUGCAGAGGAAGAGAAUGGUGUGGAGGUUCCUGGAGAGGACGUGGACGAGUGCUCGAUAUAUGAGGGCAAAAUCUGCCACCACAGAUGUGUCAACACGCCCGGCUCUUUCCGCUGCGAGUGCUUCCCUGGAUACGUGAUGCAGGACGACGCUUUCACUUGCGCGCCAGAGACCGUGGACGAGGAGAACACACUGAGGGAGGAUGAUGACAGAGCAGCAGCGAAGCCUACCUCAGCCCUUCCUCUCCCCACGCAGCAUGCCUCUCAACUCGACCCCUGCGAAGGUAACCUCUGUGAGCAACAGUGCACCCCACAGGCUGGAAGACCACAUUGCUCCUGUUUUCCUGGAUUUUCUUUGAAUGCUGAUGGACAAUCCUGCAAAGAUGUAGACGAGUGUGUAUCGCCGCACGCCUGCCAGAUCAACGAACGCUGCAUGAAUACUGCGGGGAGUUUUAUCUGCCAGAGACUGAUCACCUGUCCCCCGGGAUACCAGAGCGCCGCAGGCAUCUGUGAAGAUGUCGAUGAGUGUGCGCAGGGGACCCAUAACUGUGGCCUCGCCUUCCACUGUGUGAACACAGAGGGGUCGUUCAGGUGCAACCCCAAACCUCGCUGCUCAUCGGGCUUCACAUUUGACGUGAAUGGCAACUGUGUAGACAUUGACGAGUGUCACGCAGCAACACCACCAUGUGGCUCUGGCUUCAACUGCAUCAACACAGUGGGAUCAUACAUUUGUCAGCGGAAGAUGAUAUGCAGCCGCGGGUAUCAUACGAGUCCUGAUGGGUCCAGAUGUAUAGAUGUGGACGAGUGUCAGAGCGGUCUGCAUCAGUGUGGGGACGGACAACUGUGCCACAACAUGCCAGGCUCCUACCGGUGUGAAUGCCAGGCUGGAUACCAGUAUGACUCCUUCAGGAGGAUGUGCAUGGACGUAAACGAAUGCUGGCGCUACCCUGGACGUCUGUGUGCCCAGACCUGCGAGAACACCCCGGGCUCCUACCUGUGCUCCUGCACCUCUGGCUUCCGUUUAUCCAGUGACGGCAACAACUGCGAAGACGUGAACGAGUGUCUGAGCAGUCCCUGCAGCCAAGAGUGCGCCAACAUCUAUGGCUCCUACCAGUGCUACUGCAGACAGGGCUACUACCUGAGAGAGGACGGACACACUUGUGAAGAUAUUGACGAGUGUGCACAGAGCAUCGGACAUCUGUGCACAUACAAGUGUGUCAAUGUUCCUGGCAGCUACCAGUGUGCCUGUCCUGAAUAUGGAUACACCAUGUCAGCCAGUGGACGCUCCUGCAGAGAUAUUGACGAAUGCUCGACCGGCGCCCACAACUGCUCUCUGGCCGAGACUUGCUACAACAUCCAGGGGGACUACAGAUGCCUCUCCUUCACCUGCCCUCCAAACUACCGCAAAGUAUCCGACACGCGCUGCGAGCGGAUCAGUUGUCCCAACUACCUGGAGUGUCAGACCUCUCCUCUGAGGAUCACCCACUACUAUCUCAGCUUCCAGUCCAACAUUGUCAUCCCGGCUCAAAUCUUCCGUAUCGGACCCUCCCCGGCCUACUCAGGGGACAACGUCAUCGUCACCAUCACCGACGGAAACGAGGACAACUACUUCAGCACCAGGAAGCUGAACGCCUACACGGGUGCCGUGUAUCUACACAGGCAGGUGGAGAGCCCCAGAGAUUUCCUCAUCCACGUGGAGAUGAAGCUGUGGAGACAAGGAACCUUCACCACCUUCCAGGCCAAGAUCUACGUCUUCAUCACGGCCAACUCUCUCUAACAGCUGCGGCUACAUACUUGAAUUUAACCCUUUAAGUUAUCACUUUGCUACUGCCCUCUAGUCUAAACUGUCUUUCCCCUGUUUCCCUCAAUGCUGCGACUAUGUAAAGUGAAAUCUCUUCAAGCUCCUCAACACUUCGUAUCACUAUUAUUUUUACAAAGCAAUAUUGAUACAUAAUUGUCUGCAAUUGACAACUUGCUAUAUACUGGAGUGAAUUUACAUAUUGUUUGCCACUAUUAAUGUAAAUAUUAGUGAAGGUUUAUCACAUAAGUGACCCUGAAAUGCAUCCAAUUACACAUAUUUCAAAUCUGCAUCAUAAUUAAGGCACUUUUUCUGUUUCAAAACGGCGUUCAAACAGAACUUAAAAUUUUCCAAAACCUUUGUUUAAUAAAUACUUUAUUGACUUUCAGCUCUACAAUAUCUGACUGUACCAUGAUCAGAAUUCUCAGUGGCCCAAAAAUGAGGGGGAUUUUGUUCAUCCCCCAAAACAAACAUGAUGUCCUACUGCACCUGAACAACUGGACAUGUUUCACCAUCUUAACUACGAGCUGCUGACUUACCUUUGAAGUAUUUUUUUCCUUAUUUAAUGUCAUGCAUUUUUGUACUCCUGUUUUAUUCAUUAAUGUUGGAUGUAUUAUAUUUUAAGCUUGGUUGAGAACAAACAUUUAUUUUUAGUAUGGUGUUAGAUGACCAUGUAGU